ACGAGCAGAGCUAACUGAUAGCUGUCCUGUACUUAAACGGUUUGUGGGUUUGAACUUCCGGUAUCAUCCUGUGAUGUUGUAACUGGAUAGUUUCGAAACAGUUGCCGUAUUUAAACUCCGUAUCGCCUCGUUUUGGCUUGACUUUGUGUUGAAACUGUGUGAGUGGACUAACGGUUAGGUAAAUAUUAAUAACCUGACUGUAUUCAGGACUUGACGGCCAAACCGGGUAAUGUAAAUAUUUAAAGACAGACUCUUGCGCCCCCUACCGUUGACUUAUCGACAUAAAGGUAUAAAACUGCUCUGACUUUGAAUCAUAGAAGUUAAACUGCCUUGGAAAUCUCUUUACAGAAGCUGCUGUUUUUAUUUCGAACUUUAUUUUUUCGUGAAAUAAACAAGCUCAGCAAUGAGGAACUUUUUGACCAAAGCGGGCCUGUUAGGCUCGGUCUCAGUGGCCCUGGGCUCCAUGUGGUGGUCACAGCAGAAGACAGAAUCAGACACUUGCUCUUCAGAUGCAGCCGCUGCUAGCCCUGCUUCUCUGUACGAACUCAAACUGGUCCAGGUCUUGUUCCGCCAUGGCGCUCGGACGCCUCUUAAGUCCAUGCCUGAUGUGUUAGAGGCUCGGUGGGAUCCUACGCUCCUGGAGGCUCCGCCACACACACACAUCAACUACACAGUGACUGACCUUAAGGGCGGACCUCGUCCAACGGCUCCUGUAGAGGACAGCUAUCGGAGGAACACACUGAGUGGUGGCAGUUUCCCUGGUCAGCUGACCACAGUGGGCAUGCAGCAGCUGUAUGAGCUGGGCCAGAGGUUGAGGAAUAGAUAUAUAGAGGAGACGCCUUUCCUCAGCCCCACCUUUACCUCAGCAGAGGUCUACGUGCGCUCCACUAACAUUGUAAGGACUAUAGAGUCUGCCAAGUGCCUGAUAGCUGGACUCUUCCAGCAAAAGCAAAAAGAUAUUGUGUCCAUCCUGACAACAGAGGCAGAAUCUGAAAUUCUCUACCCUAACUAUCACGGAUGCAAGCUGCUGAAAGUCCUCAGUGGCCCCCGCUGGGCUGAGUUGUCCACUCUGCCUGGCAUUGCUUCAGACCUGCAGAGCAUCCUGAGUGCACUGGGGAUCGCUGCUCACCAGCACGUCGACUUCAUCCUCAUUAGGGAUGACAUGGUUGCCAGAGAGACUCAUGGCCUUCCCAUCCCGCCGGUACUGAACUCCUGGAGGAAUAAGGUGGAGGACAGAGCUGUGGACAUGAUGUGCCGGCUUUACGAACCCAGCAAGAGUGAGAAGCUCCAGCUGUCGGUGGGAUCUCUCCUCCACCUGCUGUUAGACAACAUUGAGAAGAAGCUACAGGACAGCUCAGCAGAGGCCAACAGGAAGUUGUUCCUUUACUCAGCCCAUGACACCACUCUGAUUCCCUGCCUCAUGGCUUUGGAAAUCUACGACAUGAAAUGGCCACCAUAUGCUGCUGAUAUCACUCUGGAGCUGCACCAACACCGGCAGACCGGAGACGCAUUUGUAAAGGUGUCCUACAUAGGCCAGGAUCAACUCAUACCAGGUUGCAGUGGAGUCUACUGCCCCCUGCAGGAGUUCAAAAAGCUCCUCUCCGCAUACACAUUAAACCCUGAAGUCUACGUUACUCGCUGCAACAGCACAGGAGGACCCACUGAACCCUGAACUUUCAAGAAACACAAAACCCGUCUUGACAUUAUGCUCAGCUCUCCUUCCAUCCAGUCACCAUUAAGGCUUGAACACAUCAGUUAAAUGAGUUGCUCGUCUUUCUUUACAUUUAAAUCUUGUUUAAAUGAUUUUUAUAAACAGAUUUUUCCUCAGUUGUUUUAUUUACACCAAGGUGCUCUCUUACUUCAAACUAGCAGAAAAGUUGUUUUCUUUUUUUUUUUUCACUCAAUCGAUUUGUAUCCGCUUUUACCCCCCGACUGAUUUCUAGUGAACUCAUCUAGGUGAGCGCAUCAUCAGUAUUACGUUUGCACUGCUUAACAAAAGGAAUAUUUCACUAGUUUGGUGAUGUUGCUGUUGAAUUGAAUGUACUUAAUGAUUAUUUUGGAUUGAGUUUCACAUCAUAUCAAUACAUUAAAUAAGCCUUUAUGUUGUUCCAAAGAAAGUAAAAAAAAAAAACAAUGCACUGGACUUUGUUUCCAAGUUUGAAGACAUUUCACUUCCCAUCCGGAAGCUUAUUCAAUUCAAAAUGUCUGCCUGCCUUUCUUCAGGUGAUUUGUAGAGUUUAAAACAUUAAGAAAGUGUAUGAUUAAAUUAUUUAAAAGUAUCUACUAUUCUGAGUGUGUUAAAGUUAUGGGGACAAGCUGUUUUGGCGUUUAUACAGUGAUGGGAAAAACAAGCAUACUUCAGCACCUCAGAGAGCAACUUAAUGUUGCAGCAAUUUUAUUCCUCUCAUGGAUUUUAUGCUCAUUAUCUCCGUAAUCUAUCACCAAACUGGGAGAUUAGGCAAUUUAAGGCUUCUUUUUUUUAGAUAGUGUAUAAUCAAUUAACUAGUUUUGGCCCAGCUCCAUCAGACGGCCAUCAUAAACUGCUAGCCCCAGUCUUCAUCCCUCUGCCUCCAUGCAUGCCAUAGCGACUGUAUGGUCUCUAUAGCAUCUUUACUUUGUAAGAUUUUGACACAGCUGGUCAAUCACAUUUUAUGGUUAAUUCAGAUGCCAUAUUUAAACCUAAGUAGAAGUUUAAUCUGAAUGGUAUACUUCCAGUUGUUUUAAAUUGUCUUAGUCUUUCUCUUGGAUUGAUGGGGGAUUUGUUUUACUGCCAUCCCUGCUGGUGUCUGAUGGUGCACAGCUAUAGAGAAAGCCUUGCUGUACGUUUCCCAUGACUGUUAUCCUCCAAACUUCCUUAUCCGCCAUGACUACAGAUUUUUAUUCCUUAGGGAACUAUCUUUUGUGGAAAAGCUAAAAGGUUAUUAGAUGGUUUAACAAUUGAGUGAACAAGGAUUUCCUCUUUGAUGAACACAGUUAUAUUUGAUUGAUGUUUGUUGUUGGUGGCAUUUCUUGUGAAAUGGCAUUUCUAUCAUAAACAUUUGGUUUGGAUGGGUGAAAGAAAAA